AUGGUGGCCAAUCACAUCCUCCAGGUGGUGGUCAUGCAGGGGCAUGGAAUGCAGGCGGUGAAUGGAGGUGUCGCCGACGUUCAGUGCGAGCUAAGGGCGAUAUGUCACGAUGAGGAGCUUGCGUUCGAGAAGACUUCAAUAUCCAAUCAAACGAGAGACCCGGUGUGGGAGCAGCAAUUUGGUUUCACAAUCCCGGACCCGAACGACGCCCAGCUCGAAAUCACCCUGUGGGACACAAGUUGCGAAGAAAACGAUGAUGAAUCAGCCUUUCUGGGCGAGGUAGUCCUCAAUGUCUCCAAGCUGGUCGCAUACGAGGGUCAGCUCAUAGAGCAGCAGUUUGAAGUGAAGCAGGGCCCCGAGUCAAAACUCAGCAGCAAGGAACCGGCAAGACUCACGUUGCGUUUGCUGCUGGGCAUCGACGAUGGCAAUUUGAGCCCGAGCCUCACCAGAUCUGGAGGAAGAACUCCCAUGUCCGAUCCUGUGGCAAGCCAGACCAACAAGGCUCCAGGGAUCCAGGACUCCUCCUCCAGCAAACUGACGAGGACGGAAGGGCUGGGUAGCGCCAACGGCAUCCCUCUGAAACUCGACACUGCCAUGAGGACUCCUAAUGUUCCCAGGUCCUCAGAUGCUAAAGUUCACAUCCGGAUCGUUCGAGGACACAUCCCCCCGCAGUACAGGCAGUCAGGCGAAGUGUAUGCCAUCGCUUACCUCGAGGCUCCUCGACAGAAGCUGCAGAAAGCGAGGACUCGCCUGCUCCUUGGCUCCAACGAGUUGGAGUUCAACGAGGCCUUCACCUUCGGCAUCGAUCACUUCAUCCUGCCUAAGGCGUGCGCCCGUGUCUCACUCGAGCACGCUGAUGCAAAACUGAUGGACGAUAGCAUUGGGGAGUCCAUCAAUGUUCCACUGGAUUUCAUCACUACAAAGGGCUCUGUGACCGGAUGGUUCGACCUGUCCAACGAAGAGUCUCACCUCUCCCAGCUCCUGGGCCCCAAGGAUUCGCUCAGGAAGAACACGGUGUAUCCCCAGCUUUACCUCGAGGCCUCCGUCGAGCUUCCUCCGGGGGUCGCGCUCUCCGAGGCUGCGCCGGUGGAGAAGGAAUUCUCCGAGUUCAUGAACUUCAACCAGUUCGAGGGCAACGUCGGCAUCCUGUGGACCACUCGAGCGUACGGAGCUCCCGAUGCCUACAACGCUGUCGUGCUCGACCUCGUCCCCGGGAGCCCCGCGUCGAAGAAUGGGCUGCUGCGAGCUGGGGACGUCCUGCUGGACGUUGACGGGAGGGACAUGGCGGGGAAGUCCAAGGAGGAAGUCGAGAAGCUCAUGAUCGGCCCCGCAAACACGCCCAUCACGAUGAUCUUCUCUCGCCCAGCUCCUAACCAGAGCAAGUCAGGCCCUCCAGCAGAGCAGGUCGUGGUGACCUUGCUGAGGUCCAAGGGGCCUGCUCAGCCCAGGGGAGCGGACCAGCCUCGUCCUGCCGAGCCCAGGAGCAUGCAACAUGAUGCUGCUCCUACAACGGUGAGGGCUGAGGCUCAGGGGCUAGCGACUAGGACGCAGCCGAGGAAGGCAGCAGAUGCCUUCCCAGAGCGCUCCCAUCCUCCCUUGGACGCUCCUGGCAUGUUCGAUCCCCGAGGAGGGGACGGUUACGUCCAGGCCUCCAGCAGGAGCGCCAGGAACUUCCGGCGGUCGGACAUCGUCACGCCCAUGGACGAGUUCAGCGACAUCUCCUUCCUCUGGGGGGAGCCCGUCAACGACCCCAGGUCAACAGAGCUCGACAGCUGGAAGACGAAGGCCCUGUACGGGCCCGGCAUACAGGACCUUCAGUUCAUUAGCGCCCCGCGGCAGCCGGAGAGGCCGAGGGCGAUGCUGCCGCGGGAGCAACCGGUCAUGCGUGACGGAGAGAACUUCCUUCCCUUCCGGGACUCCAUCGUCUCCAAGAAGAAGACGUCUUUUGAUCCCUGGUCAUGA